AUGGAAGAUCAAAAGUAUAGGGAUGAAUCCGAGGAUGAAGACAACGUGAUUUAUAAUUUCCAUGAGGGAAUUGUAUUGGCUAUUCAUUUAUCACCAACUAUGUAUAAGAAAUUGCCUGCGCUGUUUUCUACAUUUUUAUUGCUGCUUAAGACAUUGAUCAAAUCCAUGCCUAAAACUGGACUUGGGAUAUACUUUAGUAACUGCUCGAAAGAGAAUAAAGAUGAUGAUCAGAUUCAGUCAUCGGAAGGAAUUUUCAAAUUGAUAAAACUAGGCGAUAUAAAUCAAACAACGUUGAAGGUUAUCGAUAGGUAUAUUAAGAAUGCUACAAGAGGAGAACCUUUGAUGGGAAUAUCCUCUAGAGAAAAAGAACUGUGGGCUGAACUUCUACCUGCUCUAGAGGAUGACGCUGAAUUGCAUUUUGGUGAAUCAUUAUACAGGAUUCUACAUGAGGCGAUGAAGGACUUCAACAAACCCACUCCGAAAACUGACGAAUAUACCAGCAAGAAAAUAUUUUUCUUUACUGACUGUUUAAAGCCUUACAAUGAGGACAACUUUCUCAAGGAGAAAAUUCAGAAUAAACUCAGGGAGUUGAAUAGCAACAAGAUAACCGUGUAUCCGUUCAUACUACGUCCGCAUGAUGAUGAUGAUAAUGAUAAUGGUGCACCGAUAAAAAAGGAAGACGAUACAGAAAGUCAAGUUUACCAGGACCGCUAUGUACAACUUAAAGAGUUUAGAGAAUUGUUUGACUACCCCGCAGGAGCAGAGGGGAAAAAGUAUUUGCCGGUUAUCGAUGACUUAACACUUGAUGCACUUGAAGAAAAGCUAAUCAAACACACCACAAUGAGAAACUACAAUUUCCAGUGCCCCCUGAUAUUGAGAAAUGGUUUCCAGAUACCUGUGAAAGGCCUAAAUUUAUUAACCACAGCCGAAUGGAAAAGGGUAAAGUUUUAUAACAGUAAUAAUAGAUUGCAUUACGCUUUUCGGAAAAAUAUUUUUGCACAGGAUAACCUAAUAAUUGAGGAUGAAGACAUAGUUAAAGCCUGCAAGGUAGGCGAUCAAUUCUUCCCAUACAACGAAGAAACUUUUUCUGAAUGCUUAAAGUUUGGCGAAAAAGAUGCCCCACUGCUUCGUGUUAUAGGAGCAAGGAAGUUCACACAUGUAACUAAGUCACAUACCAUCAAUAAAUCUGUGUUCGUCAUAGCAGAUGAGAAUACCAAAGAGGAAAGCUCACUGGAGAGAUUCGCUGCCUUGUACAAGUCUUUGUGUGAAAAACAAAUGGUUCUACUAUGUUGGGGAAUGACCCGGAAACGAUCGAAUCCAAGAAUAUACUAUUUAGUCCCUACAACAAUAGCUGAAGAGCAAUUUUUUUUUAAAAAGUUCCCCCAGUCGUUGGCUAUGAUUGAAAUACCAUUUGCGGAUGAAAUUCGGAAAGCACCCGAAUAUAUCGAUCAGUUGGAAUCCUUGGACAGGGUGGACGGGUCUGGAAUGCUUGAUUCAUUGAUUGAAGACUCAACUGUUCCUCAUUUCAAGACCUUCCCGAAUCCUGCGCUAGCAUGGAAGUUCAAGGUAAUGGAAGAACACAUUUUACAGGUAGAACUUUCUGAGAAAGAACAGACUCAGAAUAUUGGUGACCGACAGCUGGAAGUAGAUGAUAUGUACCAACAACUUCUUGAGAUGAAGCAAAAAAUUGAAAGUAACCCAAUAACAUCAGCCAUUGUUCAGAAAUUAGUGAAUAGAUAUAACUGUAUUUCCAACGACAACGAGUUAAAAAGGAUAUCACAAGAGUCACAAACCAAUGCUAAUAAGAAAGCUAAAAUCGUUGGAUCCCAACUCACUCUCUCUGAUUCUAAAGUGGCUUUAUAUUAUAAAGAAUAUGGAUUGACUAAUUGUACAAAUGAUAUGCUUAAAAAAUACAUUAGCUCGAAAGGUGGAGUUAUCAAAGGCGGCAGAAACAAAGGUGAGAUGAUUUCAAAUAUUGUGGAGUAUUUGAAUAAGUAUAACCUUUUAUAG